AUGGCGUCGUCCUCCUCGAAUGUUGUUGGUGUUCAUUACCGCGUCGGAAAGAAGAUAGGAGAGGGAUCCUUUGGCGUAAUCUUCGAGGGCACAAAUCUCCUCAAUAAUCAACAGGUCGCUAUCAAAUUCGAACCAAGAAAGAGCGAUGCUCCACAGCUUCGUGAUGAAUACAGAACCUACAAGAUUUUGGUCGGCUGCCCCGGCAUCCCGAAUGUCUACUACUUUGGCCAGGAAGGAUUACACAAUAUCCUGGUGAUUGACUUGCUGGGCCCGAGCCUGGAGGAUCUUUUCGAUCAUUGCAAUAGACGAUUUUCCAUCAAGACAGUGGUGAUGGUUGCAAAGCAGAUGUUGUCUAGAGUUCAAACAAUCCACGAAAAGAACUUGAUCUACCGUGACAUCAAGCCCGACAACUUCAUCAUUGGACGUCCUAAUUCGAAGACUGCUAAUGUUAUUCAUGUCAUUGACUUCGGCAUGGCGAAACAGUACCGCGACCCGAAGACGAAGCAACAUAUUCCAUAUCGCGAACGCAAAUCACUGUCGGGCACUGCACGAUACAUGAGUAUCAACACGCAUCUGGGGCGAGAGCAGUCACGUCGUGAUGAUCUAGAAGCAUUGGGCCACGUCUUCAUGUACUUCUUGAGGGGUGGUCUACCAUGGCAGGGGCUAAAGGCCGCUACAAACAAGCAGAAAUACGAAAAGAUUGGAGAAAAGAAACAAACUACCGCCAUCAAGGAUCUCUGUGAAGGCUUUCCAGAGGAGUUCAACAAGUAUCUCAGUUACGUGCGGAAUUUGGGCUUUGAGGACACGCCUGACUACGAUUUUCUGCGAGACCUGUUCACGCAGGCGCUGAAGAACACUGGAGAAGUGGAGGACGGUGAGUACGACUGGAUGAAGCUCAACGGUGGACGAGGAUGGGAAGCGGUCAAGAAUCACCCGUCGAACCUCCACCUGCACAAUGUCAAUGCUCCAGCCAACGAGUCGGCUCGAGCACUACAUGGCAACUCCGCUGUCCGCGGACAAGAAGGUCAACGACCAGCACGAGAUCGGGCGGCUAUCCCGACCGAUCGUUUAAACGCAGCGCAGCCCCCGCCCCCGGGAUCACCAGCAAAGCCAGGAGUGGUAGCCCUGGGGAAGAGCGCUCGCGAUCGCACAAGCGGCGCCGCCGGGGGCAACAUACCGAAGAGAGGCAGCGGUCUCGCAGGACAACUGGACGUGAACACGCCUCCGGCAAGCACACAAGCGCAGUUCCAGAAUAGCAAUGCCAACCUUGUGGGACAAGGGCCUCGAUCGAGUCCGGCCACUGGAGCGUUGCAGAACAGCCAGGGCCGUUCCAACCCCCAGCAAGAGCCACAGCCCGGGUUUUUGCAAAAGCUGAUGAAGGUGUUUUGCUGUGGUUGA